CAGACGUUCUGGAAUGGCCUCAGCCAGAGUGUUCUCAGAGCAGCAUCCAGCAGGAGAUAUGCCUCAGAAGCAAUUAAAGGUGCAGUUAUUGGAAUCGACUUGGGUACCACCAACUCCUGCGUGGCUGUUAUGGAAGGGAAGCAAGCAAAAGUGCUGGAGAACUCGGAGGGUGCCCGGACGACGCCGUCGGUGGUCGCGUUCACGGCUGAGGGUGAGCGCCUGGUGGGAAUGCCAGCCAAGCGCCAGGCUGUCACCAACCCACACAACACCUUCUACGCCACCAAGCGCCUCAUCGGGCGCCGCUUCGACGACUCGGAAGUGAAGAAGGACAUUAAGAACGUUCCAUUUAAAAUUGUCCGUGCCUCCAAUGGCGACGCUUGGGUGGAGGCUCACGGGAAGCUCUACUCUCCCAGCCAGAUCGGUGCCUUUGUUCUAAUGAAGAUGAAGGAGACUGCAGAAAAUUACCUGGGACAUGCAGCAAAGAACGCUGUGAUCACAGUCCCCGCUUACUUCAAUGACUCUCAGAGACAGGCUACCAAAGACGCUGGGCAGAUUGCUGGCUUGAAUGUUUUGAGAGUGAUUAAUGAACCAACAGCAGCUGCACUUGCCUAUGGUCUGGACAAGUCUGAAGACAAAGUCAUUGCAGUCUAUGACCUGGGUGGUGGCACCUUCGAUAUUUCUGUGCUGGAAAUCCAGAAGGGUGUCUUUGAGGUGAAGUCCACCAAUGGCGACACUUUCUUAGGUGGAGAAGAUUUUGACCAGGCUCUGCUACAGUAUAUUGUGAAAGAGUUCAAGAGAGAGACGGGCAUUGACCUGACUAAAGACAACAUGGCCCUUCAGAGGGUGAGAGAAGCAUCAGAGAAAGCCAAGUGCGAGCUUUCCUCCUCUGUGCAGACAGACAUCAACUUGCCCUACCUGACUAUGGAUGCCUCUGGACCGAAGCACCUGAACAUGAAGCUGAGCCGUGCACAGUUCGAGGGCAUCGUGGCUGAUCUCAUCAAGAGGACAGUAGCCCCGUGCCAGAAGGCCAUGCAGGAUGCUGAAGUCAGCAAGAGUGACAUUGGGGAAGUCAUCCUGGUUGGUGGCAUGACCAGAAUGCCGAAGGUGCAGCAGACUGUGCAGGAGCUGUUUGGCCGUGCUCCCAGCAAAGCAGUUAAUCCUGAUGAGGCCGUGGCUAUGGGUGCCGCUAUCCAGGGGGGUGUGUUAGCUGGUGAUGUAACAGAUGUGCUGCUGCUGGAUGUGACUCCCCUCUCCUUGGGGAUUGAGACACUGGGAGGUGUCUUCACAAAGCUUAUCAACAGGAAUACCACCAUCCCAACCAAGAAGAGCCAGGUGUUUUCUACAGCUGCUGAUGGGCAAACACAAGUGGAGAUCAAAGUGUGCCAGGGAGAAAGAGAGAUGGCUAGUGACAACAAGCUUCUUGGCCAGUUCACAUUGGUCGGGAUCCCCCCUGCGCCACGCGGAGUGCCCCAGAUUGAGGUCACCUUUGACAUCGACGCCAAUGGGAUUGUGCAUGUGUCAGCCAAGGAUAAGGGCACCGGCCGUGAACAGCAGAUUGUGAUCCAGUCUUCUGGUGGCCUUAGCAAAGAUGAAAUUGAGAACAUGGUAAAGAAUGCAGAGAAAUAUGCAGAGGAAGACAGGCGGAGAAAGGAACGUGUGGAGGCUGUCAACAUGGCUGAGGGCAUCAUCCAUGACACGGAGUCCAAGAUGGAGGAGUUCAAGGAUCAGCUGCCAGCAGAUGAGUGCAACAAAUUAAAGGAAGAAAUUGCUAAAAUGAGGGAACUUCUGGCUCGUAAAGAUUCUGAAACAGGAGAGAACAUCAGGCAGGCAGCAACCAGCCUGCAACAGGCUUCCCUGAAACUCUUUGAGAUGGCAUACAAGAAGAUGGCCUCUGAGCGAGAGGGCUCUGGAAGCCCAGGGGAUCAGAAGGAAGAGAAGCAAUAAGGAGUCUCUGUCUCACCUGGGCUGGAGUGUGAAGAAGAGGUCGAUUUCUUGACGCUUGGGAGAGAAGGGACCUUCCUGAGCAGCAAGGGGCAGAAUCCAGACUUACUGUGUUUUUGCAGUAUUCUAUAUAUAAAAUUCUUUAAUGUAUAAACUUAGUGAUGUGUCUGCUAGAUAAAUUGUCACUUGAUGAAGGUUAAUUCAUGCCAGACAAAGGUAGGUGUUUGGCCCUGGGAUGCUCACCUGAGGCACCUGGGGCCUCACUGAUUGACACAAUGGUGUACUAAAUCCAGAUCCGAGUUUGGAAACCGUGUCACUGAAUUUGAGGGGUGGAGAUGGAAGCAUGCUGAAAUGGGGAGGGCAGUGAGGCCUGUAUGAACCUGUCCUCGUGGAUUUGAGUACUGUGAGCAGUAAUAAGGCCUGAGAGCAGCAGGGCAAGGGUCGAGAUGUUGCUGGAGCCCUUUCAGCUCUGAGCUAGGCUGGGACCCUCGUUCUGAAGGAAAGGGAUUACUUCAAACAGCUGUAACAUUAUUUCCUACAAGAGAGGCUAUGUGGAAGUUAAAUGCUUUGCUUGUCUGAGCCUUCUGCUCUGUCCUGUGUCUGUUCUCUGCUUAUGGUGAAACAGUUUCCUUGAUAAUAAAACUUACUGGAUCCAUCCUGGAUUUUUUUUAAAUAAAAGCAGAAAAGU